UUGUGGUUUACGGUAGCGCCGGCUCAGCGCUAAAAGAGUACUUGAAGGAAGGGAAGAUUAUGUUGACCGUCGGAUCAUCGUACUAGGUUAUUUUAGACUAUGCAUAAAAGGACAUCCCUUUAUCGUGGUUGAAUGUUAUAUACAGUCGUGUAGAGGCUUAGCGUCAAGCACAUGCUCUGGCUUUAACGUAACAGCUGAAGUACGACUUUUCUCCCGGCAUGAUAUGUAAUAUUAGCUAACUUGUCAGUAGUAGUUCCACCGAGUGUCUGGCGUAUUCCCUUCACAAUCAUGCCUAUUCAGCUGACAAGUCAGGCGUACUGUAAAAUGAUCUUACAUGCUGCCAAGUAUCCUCACAGCGCCGUGAACGGCUUGCUGGUGGCAGAAAAAGCCAAGGAGAGAAAGAAAGACAGUCACCACCACGACCCUGUCUUGUGUGUGGACUGCGUGCCGCUCUUCCACUGCACUCUGGCUCUAGCACCCAUGCUGGAAGUUGCUUUAACACUGAUCGAUACUUGGUGUAAGGAAAAUAAUUACGUCAUUGCUGCUUACUAUCAAGCCAACGAACGCACAAAGGAUUCAAGACCCAACCAGGUUGCAGAAAAAGUGGGAGCAAGGAUUUCUGAGAACUUCAGUGAAGCUGCAAUUGUUAUGGUGGACAGCAACAGGUUAAAAAUGAGCUGCAAGGAGCCCAUUGUGCUUAUUUAUGAUCAUCAUGAAAAUAAAUGGAAAAGCAGAGACGUCACUGUCGACUCCUUCGAGGACUGGAGCGAAGCCCAGAAGAUCACAUCAGCUCUUCUAGAGGGAAGGUCAUACGAGGAUCUGGUUGACUUUGACAAUCACUUGGAUGACCUCAGGAACGACUGGACCAACCCAGUGAUCAACAAGUCCGUCCUGGAUCUGUGCUAAGAGGUGCAUGGAUGUUGCUGCCAUUGCCACUUCACAUGUGUCACAGGAGCACCCAACACUCCAUACAGUCCCGGGUCCACCUAGAGUUCUGCUGUUGUCCAGAACUUGUGGACCUUUUGUUAGCCAAACUUUCCUAAGGACAAGCACCCAAUGUGCAGGUGUUUCAGAGAAAUAUGGUUGAAUGCAUUUUUUUUUUUAAGAAUGCUGUGUGUUAUUCCCUAGUUAAGUGCAUAAAUUAAACUUCUAGUGAAACUUUUAAUACAUUUUCUUCUCUUUUACAUUUAUAUUACAAUAAAGUCAGAAUUUUAGUUGAUUGUACUCCUACUGAAAUUAACAAUAGAGCUUUGUUACGUUUCACGCAUACAAAGCUGUCAUACUUGAUAGAAAAAAAAAACUACAAAAUAUUUGUCUUUUGUAUGAACACCAGCAAUGAUGGACUGGUGUUUUUUUUUUUUAAGUUAUUCAGAAAGCCUCUCAAGAUUUUUAAAUUAAUUAAGUCUGCCUUACUGUCUGCUUCAUUGAUUAUUGAAUCCCAAUUGAGCCCCUCAAUUCUAAUAUUUAAAGAUCAGAACAAAUGUAAGCAUACGGUGCAGUCAUUGUGUUUAAGAUUAUGAUACUAUUGGGUUACGGUUGUCUACUUGUCAGCCAUAGCCAGAAACUGCGGUAUUGUGUGCUCAUCACAUUUUAACAGAUUUAUUUGAAAUGAAUGUACGUUUUGGAGAUGAAACCGUUUAUGCUACUUGUCUAGCACUGCAUUAUCAUUUGGAAAACGUUCAGAAUGGUCACAUGCCACCUUCAAGGGAAUAUGAAUCAAUAGUUUGUAUUUUGAUUUGUGUGCAUUAAAAGGAUGGCGUUAUUUUACUUUAAAUGGAUGUCUCGCACAAUAAUAGUGAAAAGCAACUCAAAUGAAUAAGUUCUACCAAAUAAACUACACAGGUCAAUACAAUGAUAGUUA